GCCCUCGUCCUCUCGUCGCGCCCACUCUCUCCCAGCCAAGGAAGGAGGGGGAGGCAUCUGGCUUGCUUGCGGCUCAGAGGCGCUGACAGGAAUGUGCUAAAUUAAGAUGUCUAGGCAUACGCGACAUGCUUUAAAAAAACACACAUUUGCUCUUGGAGGCUUUAUGUCUUUUGCUCUUGGUUUUAUUUGCUCGCAUGAAGAUGCUAUUGCUGAAUUUGGACUAGAUUGGAACGAGAGCGGUCGCGAGCUGACUUUCUUCGAAAGAGUGAAAGGUCUUGGAGUUCGAGGCGAUUUCCAAUUUGGCACAAAGGUGUUGGGUUUGAGCCUAAAGAAAGGGAGGUAGUGGAGUUAUGAUGCGUUCUGAUGUUUUUGGGCAGCCAAUUCUUUGAUUGUGUCGGUAGACAAUGGAGGCAAUUAUUUUUUCUUCCUCCUCGGAUGAGACAGUAUUAAACUCUGGCUUUCGAAUCGGAGAACGUACUGUGAUCGAACGUGACAUGUUUCUCCCAGAACUUGUGGUCCGCAGUGUUCCCAACUUUGAAGGAUCCAGGAGUGCCUUCUGGUUCACUUUACGUCACUUUCUGGUACACCGAGUCAUAGAACAAUGAAAGAGAUGGAAAAGUAGUCGUAUCGAGAUAUGAUGUCGACUUUGCUUUGGUUCCCUACAAACUACUUGUACUGGGUUAGAAAAGAACGAAAAGAUUCUGGUAGUGGCGCUUCAUUGUACAUUCACAUGAUUCGCAAUAGCCGUCAGGCACAUCCGCACAAAAAGUUAUGGAAAGCUGGUCACAAUACCUGUUCGAAAUAUGAUCUAACCACCUUGACAGAUCAGUUCUUCGACUUGGUCUCUUUAUCUUCUGUUGGCUUUUUGUUCCGCUCUCAGAGCGUAAGAACGACAGUCUUUUAAUCGGCGCAUACCAACUUAGAUAUGCUUUUCGUUGCAAGGCUGGUCGGACAACUAUAGAGGCUGUUGAACUAGAAUGUUGUUUCGAUCAGCAGAUCUUUUCUGUAGGCUUGAACAUGAGUCGAAAGUUGCUAACUACCUGAAAGUUCAUCUGAUGGGACUCACGACUGUGGAUGUCACUGAUCGGCGGCAUGUGCGCUAGCAAUUAGCGACAUGAACACAACUUUGCUGUGACAAAGAAGGGUGCUGUCUCCAUGUGAUGGUGGUUAAAUCUGUGGAUGGUUCAAACCGACGCAAUAAACUUGGCGUUGUAAAGAAUCGUUGGGAAUCAAGAGAAACGGUCCAUUCUUGGGCGAAGUGGACGGUCACAUACUACCUCCCCUGAAACGGACCUUCCUUGAAAUCAUCAAAUUAUUCCAAGCAUGCACUACUCAGCACGUUUCGAUAUCCAAAUGAAGAGGAAUUUGGGUACCAGCGAGUGCACUUAUUCCUAAUGUAUUUUUUCUGAUACCACCUUUUAUAUCCGUCUCGUCUGAUCUUGACCCUCUCGAACUCUAAUUACUACUCCUCAUUAUUCUCUUAGGAAAUGAAGCAUUGAGCCGUGAAAGUGUUCAUGCCACAAUAAAUAAACUCUGGAUGAUAAAUUCUGGGACUUUCAUUCUCCUUUUGUGCUCGAUCAUCUUCAGAUAGCUUAUUUAUACCAGAAAGUAGUCAAGCUUUGUCCCCACAAACUCAUCGAGUACAUCUUCCAAGUAGGCCAAGUUGGUAUUGAUUGAGUACAUGUUUGACUACAACCUUAUAACCACCUUCUAUUUCAGAGGAUCUUGUCAACAUCUCAAUGAGUGCCAGACUUAUAUCAUUGCAGCUUUGUUGGUCCAUAGAUUUGGUCUUUCAAGCCGCUUUUGGGUGGAUGGAGAAAGAUGAUGUGUGUGAGGAGACUCACAAACACCAUCUCCUCACACACACCAUAUGUUCAAAGGCAACUAGAGAAUUGUCAGCUAGUAGGCUGCUAUGAAAUCGCAGAUUCAUAAAAUAUUCCUCAUCUCAUAUUUUAUUCUGUGUUCAAGUAAUUUCUCUUUGCUCAGUCCAUCAACCGACUGCUUAGCCGUACAAACUAGUACCCAAAUGUGUUUCAACUAAAGCUCGAAGCCCCGUCAAACUCAUGAUCAUUGGCUCAACCUAAUAGUGAAGUUGACAAGAAAUAGGUGUUGAGUUUUA